AUGACAAGGAAGAAGAGAAAGAAAGGUUUGCUAAAGAAAGUGAACGAGCUCUCAACUCUAUGUGGUAUCAACGCAUGUGCCAUCAUCUACAGCCCUUACGACACCAAUCCUGAGGUAUGGCCAUCAAACUUCGGUGUGCAAAGAGUCAUCUCAGACUACCGGCAGUUGCCAGAGAUGGAGACUACAACCGCUGCUGCUGCUGCUGCUCCUUCUGAAGCGACCGGAACAUUGGUUAUGGAGGAGACUACAACCGCUCCAGCCGCUACGGUUCAACAGCAGAUGUUUCCAGUGGCGGAUCCAGAAAAUUUUUAA